AUGUGUAACGCUCCGGGACCUCCGCUGAAGAAGCGCAAACCGCAGCCUUUGCCGCAGACAGAGCCACUGCCCAUCUACCUCGACUACAACGCCACUACGCCGCUCUGUGAGGAGGCUUGGCAGGAGAUUUGUCGCAUACAUGGAACGUGGGGCAAUCCGAGCUCAGCACAUCCCUACGGUCUAGCGGCAAAGUAUGAGUUGGAAAAAGCACGAAAAAAAGUGCAGGUGGCCCUCAACGCGCUAUCAUCGGAGUCCAUCAUCUUCACCUCGGGCGGAACAGAGAGCAACAACCUCGCCAUUACCGGCGGCACGCUCGCCCUUCGGCAGAGGGAGCCCCGGAGACGCUAUGUCGUCUCCUCCAACGUGGAGCAUCCUGCCGUGGCAGAGGUACUGAGGUAUAUGGAUGGCAGCAACCCAGCGACUAGUGGCACCGCUAGCACCACCGAUGGCGCCAAGACAGUAUCACAAGCCACAGUGAAGGUGGUGCAUGUUGCAGUGAACCCGCAGACUGGCCGACUUGAUGCAUCGUCGCUGCGGAAGGUCCUGAACGGUCUCCCUGGUGGCCCCACGUGUGUCGCUCUCGUCUCUGUCAUGUUUGCGAACAACGAAAUUGGUGCCGUCAACGACAUCAAAGAGUUGUGCCGCCUAACAAAGGAGCUCUGUGGGGCGGCGUGUCUUUUUCACACAGACGCCGCCCAGUCACUGGGUAAGGUGCCGGUGGAUGUGCAGGACACAAACGUGGACUUCCUCUCUGUCUGCGGACACAAAUUCUACGGUCCCAAGGGUGUCGGCGCGCUGUACGUCAAACCUGGUGUGGCGGUGCAGAACAUCCUCUUCGGCGCCGGCCAUGAGCGUGGCAUCCGGCCUGGCACGGAGAACGUGCUGCUCGCGGCGGGCAUUGCUGAGGCGCUCCGCUUUGCGUGCACAAAUAUUGACCGCUUCUCAGCUGUAAUGCGAGACACCCGCGAUGAACUUCUGCGAGUGCUGAAAGUGGAGCUGGCAACGCACGACAUGGGCCUCGUUGUCAACGGCGAUGUCACGGUCGCACUGCCAAACACGCUCAACUGCGCGCUCUUCAAGCGAGUGCCAAACAUGAAAACAGGAUCGCCUGUCACCUACAUAUCAGCGCAGCGGCUGAUCCUCGCCACUGGGGAUGAGGUGUGCAUAUCCGCAGGCUCGGCUUGCCACUCGACAAUCGAUGAGGGAACCGAGAUCGUCGUCUCUGAUCCGCUCAAGGCAGUUCAGGUAGGUGUGGAUCGAGCCAUUGGCACUCUGCGUAUCUCCACUGGGCGUAGCACAACCAUGGAUGACGUGCGUCGAGCGGGUAAGAUUAUCGCGCGGCGGGCUGCGCAGCAGUUCGAGGUGGAAUAA